UGCGUUUCCCAGAAAUGCAGGGUUAGCUUUCAAGCAACCCGUCGAACCACAAACCUCCAUCCAUCCGACCAUCCAUUCCCAUCUCUUGCCCAAACAGGCAGCCUUGCUCACUCAAGGCAAGCAUCUCAUACAGUCACAUCACACAUACAUACAUACCCACGAACCGAUUUCCUCUCCUGCACAAGCACAAACCCCAAGUCAGAUCCGUCUCUUAUGCUGCCUUGCUUGUGGCCAUUAGUCCACUCUGGAACUCCAUAGCCGUACUCUACUUCUCCCACUAAAAUAAACCAUCUCUCGCUGACUCUCCACAUUGUGGCAGAUCUCCUCAGCGCAAUUCUGAACCAGCCAUGUUACAUGUUUGACCUUGCAAAGUAUAGCCGUCCAAGAACACGAGCUUAGCUAGCUAGUUGUUGCAGGGGAGAGUAGAUAUGUUGUUGAUCCGCAGGGGUAAAGGUUCCAGAUCGGCGAAGAAGGUCUCCUCAGCUCCAUUUCAAUCCCCUGGAGCUCUUGAUGGAGGAGCUGCUGGCUCCAACAGCAGGCAAGUAGCGCCUGAUGAUGUCCUCCCCGUUGGAACCACAUCCAUUGGCUAUGCCAGCAGCAGAGAUGAAGCCUUCUUUGAAGCCUCUCCUUGGUUAGACUCAGAUUGUGAGGACGAUUUCUUCAGUGUCAAUGGAGAUGCUACACCUGCAAGAACAUUCAGUUCUGCAAGCAACAACCAGCUGGCCACAGCAUUUGGGCCUCAGACUCAGAAGCUGCCCACGCUGGAGGCCAUCCUGAAGGCUGAGCCCCUGAAGCCACGGCCCCUGCAGAUGAAGCUCGGUGACCUCCUUAAGGAGGAGCAAGAAGCUGGUAUCGAUGGCGCCGACGAACUCUCCAGAGCCUGGUCUUCUCGUGCAGGAGACGAAGCUGGCCGUUGCUGUUUCCCUCAGCUUGCGCGUGUCAUCCACGAGAGGAGGAAGAAGUGAAAAUGACAGCGUCAGGCCGUCAGUGCACUAGGAUCAUGGAUGGCAUGGCAAAGUCUGGAUUUAACUGAAGCAAAGUUCUCUUUGCUUUUGCUUUCGAUGCUUACAAUCUCAGAUUGCCUGAUGGAACAGUCACGGUUAAAUUAUCCGCCAAAUGUACAUACACGAAAGUACCAUCAGAUGAAGGGUAAAAAAGGAACGUCUGUUUUAUUUUUAA